GCACUGUGUACAGAUAUGCAUGGGAGGGGUGUGUGUGUACGUACGCGUGUCUCUGUGUGUGUGUCAGGAUUGAUUUAGUGCUGGAUUGGAGUGUGCAGGGCUGAUGGUGGGACACUUUGUGUUCUUCACUGAGGAUUAUUAUUAAUCUUUCUCAUGAAAAAUAACCAGAUUAAGACCUGCUACAUUUUUCAUCUUUCAUUUGCACAAACUUGGAAAUAACUGGACAGAAACAGAAGACUACCUGGUGAAUGUUUUGCCUUCCGACAAUAGCUUUGUUGAUUAUUAACGAAAGCAGCACUUAAAGAUCACCAUGGCAGAAGAGGAACUCAUGUUCACAAUGGAGGAGGUGGACAGUGUGAAAAGACCUUCUGUGAGAAGGACUGUGUCUUUAGGUCAUGACAGCACGGUCGAUGAUGAGGAAGAUGAUUUCUACAUCUGCCCCAUCACCGAUGAUCCCAUCAGUCCCACGAAAGGCAUCUGUGAUUACCUUCACGACCUCGUCCACCAGAAACAACUCUCUAACUCGUUGCCCAAGAACUCUUUCAGCUACAAGGCUGCUUGGAAACAUGCUAUUGAGAAAGCAAAGGCUAUGCCAGACCCCUGGGCUGAGUUUCACCUAGAAGACGUUGAGACAGAGCCUUGCAUUCGUUACAGGUACAGUGCCAUUACUGGUGAAUGGGCGCAGGACCAAGUCUUCAUCAAGAUGUCCUCUCAGCCCUUUGGGAAAGGCGCCAUGAGAGAGUGUUUCCGAACAAAAAAGUUGUCGAACUUCUCACAUAGCAGCAACUGGAAAUCAGCCUCCAACUACGUCGCUAAGCGCUACAUGGAGACGGUGGAUAGAGAUGUUUAUUUUGAGGAUGUCAGAUUACAAAUGGAAGCUAAAUUAUGGGGUGAGGAGUAUAAUCGCCACAGGCCUCCAAAGCAGGUUGACAUAAUGCAGAUGUGUGUUGUGGAAAUAACCUCGCGCCCAGGGAAACCACUUUUCCACCUGGAGCACUACAUCGAGGGACAAUACAUCAAGUACAACUCGAACUCUGGCUUUGUGAGGGAUGAUAACAUACGUCUUACGCCUCAGGCUUUCAGUCACUUUACGUUUGAACGCUCGGGACACCAGCUGAUAGUCGUGGACAUUCAGGGUGUCGGAGAUCUCUACACAGACCCUCAGAUCCACACAGAGAAGGGCACUGACUUUGGUGAUGGAAAUUUGGGUGUACGAGGCAUGGCCCUGUUCUUCCACUCGCACCUGUGUAACAAGAUUUGUAAGAGUAUGGGCCUCACACCGUUUGACCUGGCUCCUGCAGAAAAUGCUCAGCUGGACUGCACCAACAAACUGCUGGAGUCAGCACAGACUGUACUCCGUGGCUCUGAGGAGCACUGCGGCUCUCCCAGGGUGCGCACUACAUCGUUUACCCACGGUCCCCCUCUAUUGUCUCGUCUCUCUGAGACUUCCUCUGCUGACGAGAACAUGAGCGACGCAGACUCCGUUCCUUGUUCACCCCUGAGUCUGGGGGCCUUCACAGGCCGCUCUCCCUUGGACGACGCAGACAGAUACAACUGGAAUCGAAAGGACUCCGAGAGCGGCGGAGACAGCGGUUGCCCGAGUGAGAAACGCAGCGAGGGAGACCCAGGAGAACACCAUGACAGGGCUCGACCUUUCUACAACAGGCAUUACUCCGAAUCGGAUGAAGACAGCGUCCGUCGGUAUAAAGUGCUAACAGAGGAAAAAUGGAGUUUCUUCCAUUCAUCCCGUGCCCACGUUCAUAGACCGUCCUGUGUGGCAGUUGAGGUGGAGAGACUGAAUACACAGUUCCUUGAAAGGAAAAUCGGGAAAUCUAUUCUGGGCAAGGUACAUCUGGCCAUGGUCCGAUAUCACGAAGCGGGUCGGUUCUGUGAAAAAGAUGCACCGUGGGACCAGAAUUCUGCUGUGUAUCAUCUGGAGAGGGCAGCUAUGUGUGGCGAGCUGGAGGCUAUCGUAGCACUCGGGCAGUUAUAUCUGCAGCUGCCACAUCAUGUCCUACCUGAGAUGGAACUGCAGGACAACGACGAGAACAGGAAGAAAGGUUUCCACCUGUUACUUCAGGCAGCUGAGGCCGGAGACAGACCCAGUAUGAUUUUAGUCGCCAGAGCAUUUGACACAGGAGUAAACCUCCCACCUAACAGGACGCAGGACUGGGAGGAAGCGGUGCAGUGGUAUGAGUGUGCGCUCAACAUGACUGAUUAUGAUGAGGGAGGAGAGUUUGAUGGCAUGCAGGAUGAACCGCGGUACCUCCUUCUCGCUCGGGUGGCUGAGAUGUACCAAGAGGGACGUUUCGGCCUUACCGCAGAUCCUCAGAGAGCCGGCGAUCUCUUCACCGAGGCAGCCGACGCGGCCAUGGAAGCGAUGAAGGGCAGACUGGCGAACCAGUACUACAUGAAAGCUGAAGAAGCGUGGUCAGCUAUGGAAGAGUAAACAAAUGAACCAUUUUAUCUCUCAGGACUGUUAACGGUGUGCAUUUCUUCGUGAAAUAUGUUUACAUUCUCUUCUUCUACGGCAUCUUUCAGUGUGCUGUGCUGUCCGGUUUGAUAUGCCGUGUCCUAAAGCAUGCACGGACGCCUUUAUGAAUAUUCGGGUUCUUUUAUAAGCUGGUCAGUUGCUCUGAGACGUGAACGGAAAUGAAAUAAAUUUGCAGGUUUUUACAUUUUUAAGACUACAGGUAAGCAUUGGGACUCUUAGCAAUGGCAGUGACAUCAUCACUUCGUGGUCUGAAAGUAUCAGAGCUUGUGUGUGGUGGUGGUAAUAACCACGAGAAGACGAAUCAGCACUACGUACACAUACCGUAUACUCUGUAUGCAUCAGAUGUAUCAGGGUUUUGUUUUUUUUUGGGGGGGGGGGGGGCUGGGUUGUUCAUUUCUUAUUUCAAGAUUUGCAUGCCGGUGUGUUUGAGGGUGGCAGGUAAUAAUAAUAUUUCCCAUAAGUAUAAUUACUUUGUUAAGCACAUGGCUAGAUCGAAAUAUCUCCAAUGUACAAUCCUGUUAUUUAUUUUAUUCAGCAUACACACGUUGGCUGUGUAGCAUGAUUGUGAUUAAUAUAUUAUUAACCCCUGAGAAAUAUCAGACAAAAUUAAAUCGCCCUUUGGAAAGCACUAGUGAUGAAGAUAAAGUGAGUGAUGGAACUGUCUUUGUUACGUUGCUGUCCUGUGGUCUGCCUUUUUUUUGUGUAAUCUUCACUGAUUAAAAAAAAUUGGUUCAUUCUGCUUGUUUUUACCAACCUCUAUGCUGAAGAAAACAAAAUUGUGAAUUUUGUUUACAAGAACAAAAACGUAAUAAAAAUACAAAGUGCGGAUAAGA